GCGGUCCCUUGGAAGCAGCUAAUACCGCGAAAAGCCACUUGGGCUGCAGAGGACAGAGGCGAAGGUCGGCGAGUUUCCUUCGACCCAGGACAGGAGCAAAGGCGUGAGAAACGUGAAAAGAUUGGAGCGGAGACUUUGCUUCGAGGAUCUCUCCCGCUCCUCUUCUGCGCCAGCAUCGCCUGUUUAGAUUUAGUCUUCAGGUUGCCGCCGCCCGCCCGCCUGGCCUCGCGGGGCGAGAGCGGAGCCCCGAGCUUGCGGCUGGAUCCCCGCCCGCCCGCCGGCCCGCCCGCGCCGUCUGCCCGUGGCCGCUGCGUCCCGGAACCGCAGGGUCGCGUAGGGCUCUGAGCCGCGGGCGAGCAGCGGACGCAGAGGACGGAGCGGGAGCCGGGAGGCCGGCGCCGCCAUGGAGCUGGGCCCGGAGCCCCCGCACCGCCGCCGCCUGCUCUUUGCCGGCAGCCCCUCUUCUGUGUCGCCCACGGCCGCCAGGCCGCUGUUGGGCGCGCCGGUGGCCGGGGGGCUUUCGCCUGUCACCAACCUGACGGUCACCAUGGACCAGCUGCAGGGCCUGGGCAGCGAGUGUGAGCAGUCACUGGAGGCGAAAAAUAGCAGUCUGCAGAGAAUGGGCUCCUCUGAAUCAACUGACUCAGGUUUCUGUCUGGAUUCUCCUGGGCCCUUGGACAGUAAAGAAAACCUUGGGAAUCCCCUGAGAAGAAUACAUUCCCUACCUCAGAAGCUCUUGGGAUGUAGCCCAGCUCUGAAGAGAAGCCAUUCUGACUGUGGUGACCAUGACAUCUUUCAGCUCAUUGACCAGGAUGAAAACAAGGAGAAUGAAGCCUUUGAGUUUAAGAAGCCACUCAGACCCUCGUCCCGUGGCUGCCUGCACUCCCGUGGACGUGAGGAGGGCAAAGAGCUCUUCACACAGAGGCAGAACUCUGCCCCGGCUCGGAUGCUUUCCUCAAAUGAAAGAGAUAGCAGUGAACCAGGGACUUUGGUUCCUUUCUUUAUGCCGCAGUCACCUGCGACAGCCACUCUGUCUGAUGAGGAUGAUGGCUUCAUGGACCUUCUUGAUGGAGAGAACCUGAAGAAUGACGAGGAGACCCCGUCAUGCAUGGCCAGCCUGUGGACCGCUCCCCUGGUCAUGAGAAGAGCACCAAAUCUUGGUACCCGAUGCCAGCGCUUUGAUGCCCCCACCUUGUGUAGCCUGAGCCCUCGGCCUGUGCUGAAGAGACCAGAGAGCUGGCAGGAGGACUCCCCCUGGGGGGGCACAAAGCGGAGGAGGAGCGCAGCUGGGGCCAGUCCUCAAAAGGGCCCGGAGAUUCUGCACCACUCUUUAUCCCUGGUGCCUUCCCCCAGAGGGACCAUUGAGAACAUCCUGGACAGUGACCCCCGGGACCUCAUAGGCGAUUUCUCUAAGGGUUACCUCUUCCAUACAGUGGCUGGGAAGCACCAGGACUUAAAGUACAUUUCUCCAGAAAUUAUGGCGUCCGUUCUGAAUGGCAAGUUUGCCAGCCUCAUCAAAGAGUUUGUUAUCAUCGACUGCCGGUACCCAUAUGAGUACGAGGGAGGCCACAUCAAGGGCGCAGUGAACCUGCACAUGGAGGAGGAGGUUGCGGACUUCCUCCUGAAGAAGCCCAUUGUGCCCACCGACGGCAGGCGCGUCAUCGUCGUGUUCCACUGCGAGUUUUCUUCUGAGAGAGGCCCUCGCAUGUGCCGCUAUGUGAGGGAACGUGACCGGCUCGGCAAUGAGUAUCCCAAGCUCCACUACCCCGAGCUGUACGUGCUGAAGGGCGGCUACAAGGAGUUCUUCCUCAAGUGCCAGGCCCACUGUGAGCCCCCCAGCUACCGGCCCAUGCACCACGAGGACUUCAAGGAGGACCUGAAGAAGUUCCGCACAAAGAGUCGCACCUGGGCGGGGGAGAAGAGCAAGCGGGAGAUGUACAGUCGCCUGAAGAAGCUCUGAGGCCAGGUGGCAUGUCCCAUCCUGAGCCCUCAGUGCUGUGUGACAUGAGAGAGGCAGCCUGGCCUCCUCUUAACCCCCAGCGGGCUGCUGGCCGCAACCCUCCGUCCAUGUCCCCCUCAAGGCCACAGUGUCCUCCCCAGACUGCACAUCCAGCGAUGGGCGAAGCGGCUACUGGGGCCUUGCCGGACUCUGCCUGCCCUGGGCAGUGGGAAACCUGGGCACAAGUGCCACCGCCAGUGCCAGGGACUCUGAGGAGCACGGAUUUCACGGCUGCCCAUGGGCUUAAUUUAUUCAAUUUAAUCAUUUUUUUUUUUUUUUUUUUUAAUUCCUGGGGACUUCUACUUUACUGCUUCGUUAAGUCACGAUACUGCCAUUGCAGGGAAGGGUUCAUUAUCUGGAUACCUGCUUUCCUUAAAGGUGACAAGGCGGGCCUGUCCUGAGCCCCAGGGGGCACCGGCCCUGGGCUGCUGCUGUUCCAAGCAGAGGGCUGAGCUGCGGCCUCCUGUAAAUGGGACAUGAGCUGACCUCUGGGCUGUUGCGCAGCCUGGGCAGUGUCUCUGUGUCCCUCUGUCCUGAUGCUCUCGUGGGUUUUGAUUCUUAAAAUAUAGUGCUUUCAGGGGGGAGGAGUGUCGAUCAGUGUUGGGGGGCACCUGCGGGUAGGAGGGCCAUCCCAGACUGGGUCUCAAAGGUGACACUCAAUUUAUCAUGUUUUAAUUGGAGGGAAAAGGAGUGGAUUGUCACCAGCCCCCCCUUAUCUCUCCCCAUGGAAGUGAGCCGUCUGGUGCCGCCCACCUUCAUGUGUCUGAGGCAGCUUUUCACAGCACCACCACACCCUGGCCUUUCCCCACUGCUGUGCCCUGGGAGCCCAGUUACCUGUUCUGAGGGUGAUGCUGGAGAUGGCUGGUGGCUGUUAGGGGUUUCCACUGCAUUUGGCUGUAAAAGAAUCUUGUUGGGAAAUGGGGGGUAGGGGGGAAGAAGGUUGAGGCCUGAUGG